AUGGCGCCGAUACGACGCUAUCUGCGCAUCACCAAGUACUCUGUGCUUGAAGUGCGCAUUUACCUACACAAGCCAUCCGACGCCGCUUGGUUGCUUUCGUCACGCGACAACGUCCUCCCACGCAUCAUCGAAGAGGUCAGACCGAAGGUGCUACCGAAGCUCCGGGAAGAGAACGAGAACGCAAAGAAGAAGAGCGGGAAGAAGAAGAAGGGUAUAAAAGAUGUCGCUAGUCAAGAGGACUUUGAAGUGUCCAUCUUCUUGAAGGAGAACUCGACACGGCAUUCGUUGAUCACGAAGCAGAAGCAAUUCAGCGAUAAGCCGAAGAUCAAGUCGACUGGCAACAAGCUCACUGGAUGGUUGAAUACCAGCGAGAACCCGAUUCGAAUCGAUGAGGAUAGGGAACCGCCGGCGAUACUGCAGGAAGAGGAUGACGAUGUGGUUGAGCUCAAGGACAUUUCGAAAGCGGGUGGUAGCAAGAAACGUAAAUCGGUCGACGGAAAAGACAACGAUGAUGACGACGACGCUCUGUUCGUGAGCUCCAGUGACGAGGAGUACUUCGCAACGCAGCGAGCCAAUCCCUCAAAACGUCGAAAGCAGACGAAAACGCCCGAGGAGGUGCCCGAAGAGCCAGUUGAGGACGAGGGAGAUCAGGACGACAAGAAGAAGCUCCUGCUUGAUACCUCCUACGACGGGUUCAGCAUCUACGGGCGGAUUCUUUGCCUGAUUGUGACGCGGAAGAGCAAGAAAGAGCCUGCUGUUACAGCAACUACCGGUGGCAGCCAGAUGAUGGAGCAGUGGGUCAGUACGCAGGCUGCUCAAGAUAAUGGCUUGCUUGAAGACGAUGAUGGUUGA